GCUCUCCACCCCCAGCCUCCCUCUCUCUCCUCCCCCCGGCGUCGUUGGAGCAGCUCAGCCGCCUGCAAUCCAACAUGGAGUAGUGAGAGAUGGGGCUCUAGCGGGGCCACCCCUCGGCAACAGCAGCAAAGACGCGCUUCUUUCCUUUCUUUUUUUUUUUUUUUUUUUUUACGCACAACUGGAAGAGGAGUCGUCGGUGAAAACAUGCGCCUUAGGACUUAAAAAACGGAGCGUGUGUGAGAGGGAGUGAGCGAGCGAGUUUGCGCGCGCGCGAGCGUGUGUGUGUGUGUAUGUGUGUGUGUUUGGGGAAGGUGGGGGGGUUAGAGAGAAUCAGGAGCUAGAUUCGGCAACCGAAAUUGCCAGUGCAGCCUGCGUUUAUCCACUGAUUGGGUAUUAAAGUUCCAGACGGAGAAGAGGAGGUCCUUUAUUCCUUCUUCUUCUGGGAUCCAGGAGAAAACAGCGUGGCUUCAGCGGAGGAAAGGAUUUCAGGAAAAAAAAAAAAAAAGGGACUGUCGAGGGCAAAGCCUGAGAGCCGACACUUCGCACAAAGGCGCAGGGGGGAUUUAUGCGGAAUUGGACGCAGGAUCGGAGGUGAAAGAAUGACGAGUGAAAAGUAUGCAACCGCCGUGGUACAUUACCUGAGGUGAAACGAAAAAAUGAUAGAGGAAACACACCCAAACGAUGACAGCUACAUCGUGCGUGUGAAAGCGGUGGUGAUGACGCGAGACGACUCGAGCGGCGGCUGGCUGGCUCAGGAUGGGGGGGCCCUCACCCGGGUGGGCGUCUGUCGCCUCCUUCCUACGGAGGUGAUGCAUCUCUCCGGCUCCAGCAGUUCCCAGUUCGUCAUCCGGGGGGAACGGCUGCGUGACAAACAGGUGAUCCUGGACUGUCCGCUGAAGAAGGACAUAGUGUACACUAUCGCAAUGCCGACAUUUCACCACUGGAAGGUGGAGGACAGGCGGUGCGGCCUGUCGUUCCAGUGUCCAGCUGACGCCAGAGCCUUCGACAGAGGGGUGCACAAAGCAAUUGAAGACCUGGCUGAAGGCUCCACGACUUCCUCUACGGCACUCCAGAACGAGGGAGAACUGGGGGACGACGAUGUUUUCACUAACGCCACAGACAGCUCAUCCAACUCCUCUCAGAAAUUGGACAGCUCCCUGACGCCGCUCGAGUCCUCGCCCCUUCCUCAGAGACACAAGUGCACGCCAGGACAUCGACAUGACCUGCAUGACUCCUACCGCCUCACAGACCACUACUACUUGGACCAGCCAUUGUCUCGGAUUCCUCGACACGUCACCUUCGAGGAUGAGGAAAUUGUCCGAAUCAACCCCCGGGAGCGCAGCUGGGAGCGAAGCACAGAACGCUACCUUGGACGCCAGGCAGAUCGCUCCUGGAACACGGGCUAUGAGGACUACCGACACGCCAUUGUGCGUGAUAGAUACAUCCACCCGGAUGAGACAGAGUCCUAUGUACACUUCGACAAAACAGAGGCGCAGAAGCACGACUAUACCUACCCGCUGGCACCUUCCUUGUCGCCCUCAGACUCUGACCCCGCCCUAGGAUCCUUGACCUCUAAGGGUCACAGCGGCUCCUACCACCAGCCCUUCUCUUCUGUCGUUUCCAGCCAGCCUCGGUCAUUUUUCACGAGCUCUUCCCCGUCCUCCAAUGGAAGGAAGGGGCGGAAGGACAACGGGUUGGAGCGUGCUCAGUGCGAGCACUGCGGCGAGGCCUUCUACCUCUCCGAAAAUCGGAGAGGACGAUGCCAGGACGCCCCAGAUCCCCUGCGAGUGUGCAUUCGACGUGUCAGCUGCAUGUGGCUGGCAGACACCAUGCUCUACCACUGCAUGUCUGACCCAGAGGGGGAGUACUCGGACCCCUGCUCCUGCGACGGAGGCGAGGGUAGCGGCGGGGGCCGACUUGGCACCCGUUGGUUGGCUUUGCUAGGCUUGUCCGCAGUGGCGCCGUGCCUCUGCCUCUACCCGCCCCUCCACGCCUGCCACCGGGUGGGGCUCGCAUGCGGCUGCUGCGGAGGCCGACACAAGGCCCAGAGCUGAGAUGUCGUACUUGGAAUCUUCUCAGAGGAAACAUCGGAAAAAAUAAAAACCUUAACCCAACGCAAACGCAGCGAAAAGGAGGGAUGGGGAAAAAGCUCAAAGAGGAGGAAGAAGUGGUCGCGGCUGUUCGCUCUCUUGCCUUGGUUUUUCUGGGUUUCUCUACAAAUUCCAGACACUGAAAUAAGCCAAAUAAGAAAAAAAAAACAAAAAACAGUUGGUCCAUUUUGUGAACAGCCUGGGAAGAUAAGCUCCCCCUUAUGGCAGACAGUUCUUUCAGCUCUCCAUGUGGCCAUUUCAUGCUUUGUUUCUAAAGAGAGAGCAGUCUUUUUCAGGGGGCCUUUUUUAUAGCCAACCUAUACGUCAUGUAUCACAUAUGCAGGUACUUUAUAUUGUUAUAUUUGUACAUUGAAUUGGCCUCAAAGAACUUGAAUUCUUUGUUGUAUUUUCUUUUCUUUCCUUUAAUGUCUCUGUGGCCAUAUUGUUUAUUUUCUAUUCAAACAUCAGGCCUGCUCAGUUCAACAGAAAUCAGACACUACACCUCUUUGGGAAUGUGUGUGCGCGCGUACAUGUGUGUGUUUAUACGAGUGUAAGUUGAGGCCUUUUGUUGUCUGUACUGCAGCUUGUAGUAAAGCUAAUGUAUAUACUCUUCAUAGUUCUCUGCGGACAUCUUUCCUCGCUCAAACAAAUGCGGUACAAAUCUUGAAGGCACAGUUUGGAUUUUUGAAGCGAGGUUCUGUGAAGGUAUUAUCAGCAACAGGUCCCUUUCUUGUGAGCAGACAGACGUCUUAUCGCAGCGAGUUUGUAGAAACGUCAAUAAAUCCUCACAUGGACUCCCCGUUGCAUCUGAUUUGGGCAGCUUAGCUAAAAAUGUUUGUGGAACUAUGACACUACAGCUGCGGAUAUCGAUCGUCUUCGCUUCUGCAAGAGGCCGCCGAGAGGCUUGUCGCUUUUCUCCGCCGAACAAUGUCAACGUCACUAGGAGAAGUUGUACUGUCGGAAUGAUUUCUAAACAACUUACAAGACCUGGAAAAGCUCAGGAAUGCAUAAAAGACAAGCCUGUCACAAAAGUCAACAGUUCACUCCCCUUUUGGUGGACUCGAGAUUAGACUGACAUGACGCAGCUGUAGUGUUAUGGAACCUUGGAAAUAAGACUUUUUGCAUAUGCACAGAUGAACAUGCAUGUUCAUGAUGGUAGACUAAGCUAAAAAUGGUCUUCACUGAAUCUUCAGGACGACUUUUAGGUUCCUAAAUGUGAAAGAAUUUAGAUGCAUUUCACUACAUGUCAAAUAAUGACCUUUAAAGUAGAAACUUUUUCUUCUAGUUUAUUAUUUGGUAAGGUUUUUAUAUGAAUGCCUUCGUUCAUAAUCGAGCACUCUGGAGACUUUAGAUUACACUUCUGCUUCCAACCAGCAGUGUGAAUUAGUCUUGCCAAUAGUUAUUGAUUUUUUUUCUCCCUGUUAGCAUAAACAUUGAGGUUUGAUAUCAUGGUAGAGUUACACAUUUUAAAAUGGCUAGCUAAUGUGAAUUGGCACGUCUUCCAAAAUCCACUGUCAAAAAUGAAAUCAGAACCAAUGAGAGACCCUGGAAGGUUGGAAUCAGUCAAGCCUGAUGCACUAAAAAAAAAGAAAGAAAAAUAGUUUCCGUUGCAAAGCUGCUUUUGGUCUAACAGACUUGUUUUUAGCUAGUAGCCUCCACCAACUUAAAUUUGCAUCGUAGCACAAAUAUUUGACUGAGAAAAUGGCAACAACUCAACGAUGAUGUCUUGUGAAAGUAAGCGUUUAGUAUCUUGCUAAUUUAGCAUUGAUCUCCAUGAAUACGGAACAGUCGCAGUUAGAUAUUUUAAAAUCAGCUUAAGCUGAGCUAGCUAGCCGUCAAAGGUCUACUGCUCUGACGAUUUCAACACUUUCUACGAACUCGCUGCAAUGUGACAUCUUUCUAAUACAGGUAAGGGAAUUAUUAGCGAUAAUACCUUAACAGAAUCUCUCUUCAGUGAAUGUAAUCUAUCCUUUUAAUACUCUUAAGAUAUUCCAAAGAUUUAUGUUUUUUUUUUUUAAAAUCCUAUUUAUUUACUCAUCACCUACCCUUAGAAGAGUGAUUCAACGUUGCCUCAAGUAAUGCUACGAUAAUCUAGCAUCCCUUCAUCUUUCUCAUGACCUUAAAACAGUGCCUAGAAAUUCCUGUAACCAGGUCGCCCACUGAGUCUUACAAUUCCAGCCACCUCGAUUUGUUCAGCAAACCAAGAGCCUCCAUCCAGAAAUCAGGAUUUUUAAAUUCUUUUGGUCAAACACUGAAAUAAUAAUGACAUACCGUUUAACUAUUUGUGCCCAUAUGCCUUAAAAUGUGGAGUCUCAGUCUGAACUUCACUUGUCUCUGUAAAGAUGUCUGCAACAAUCAAACUAUUCAACUGGACGUGAUUUAAGCUGUUUUUGUAACAAGAAAUUUCAAGGAAAUUUGGAGAGGAAAAAAAAAGUUCUCACUACAUAUGUAAGCUAUGGACUCUAGUUUGCCUGCGAUACACAAUCACCGCACCCUUGAUUUUUUUUUUUUUUUAACCAUCAAAUCCCAAACUUUCUCACUGGUCACAUAUGGAACAGCACAGGCCUGACGAAUUGUACUCUCAUCUUACAAAAAAGGUCCAUAAUAAGCUCCCUGCAAGGAAAAAAAAAGACUCAUCACUAUCACUAAAAUUAACCCCAAAAUAAAUGGCUUUUACUUUAAAGAGAAAACCAAAAAUGAGUCAUACUUCUGCUUAAAUUUAAUACCGUGUUGAUAAUUGGUACUUUCAUUUUGAUACAUAGCCACAAUAUAAAAUAAACACCGCCUACAUUUAACAGUAGUUUCAAAGCAGACAUGCCUAAUGCAGAUAAUAUGAAACCCCUUCUGCUCUUUGAGUUACACAAGCAGAACAAGUUCAUAUUACAUGGUUAGCUUGGAAGCUAGCCUGCAGUCUGCUACUUUACAGACAUGCAACUCAGAGCAUGCUUUUAGAGCAACGUGAGUUGAAAUACACAAACCAUGGACUGAUGAUACAUACAGGGAUGAAUGUGACUGUAAAUAUUUCCUGAUAGUUACAUUUUCUUCAGGCAAAAUGUGUAGUAGCCUUCUUGCAGAUAGCUGGCUAACGUUGCUCUGCCAGAAUGACACAUUUCCAGUCACUCUGGCACUUUCUCCGGCACCUCAGUAAACAAAGUUUACACUUUAUUGAAAGUAUGGCAGAAAAUCCGUGCCAUUUUGAAAGGGUAUCUUUUUAAAACCAUGGUAUACGUUAAUGACCAGCCCGUGCCUCGUGACCCAAAGGAUCAGCUGAAUACACGGACAGGUCAGUUAGCACAUAAUAUAAUUGGAUCUCUUUUCUAUAUUAUUUUAUUCUAAUAUUUUAAGGCUCUUUAAAGCCCACCUAUUCCGCCAAAAUCUAAACAGAAAUAAAGAAGUGAAUGUUUUAUAUGAUCAGACCGUUUGUUGCAAAGGUAAGAUGACAUCCAGGGGGUUCGGAAUAAAACGCCUACCCCCCUUGAUUUAUUUCACUUAUUCUCUGUUAAUUAUAAAGCCACUUGGUUUAUCGCCAAAAGCCAGUCUGUCCAUCUCAGGCAUUAAAAGUUGUUGUGAACAUGAGAAACAAACUUGCUGAAACCACAUGUGACCAGCGUGUGCUAUUAAUCUCUGCCCUAAAUCGUCCCCUCAGCCCUCAACCCUCAACCUGCCCUCAUGCCAGAUUUGGCUCAGCAACAGAAGUGUGGGUUCGUCUGUGACUGACUGGGAAAGAAAUGGUUAAAGUUUAUGUAAAGGGGGUGCAGGUGGGGUUUGCGAGCGCUUUGAAUUUUACAGCAAAUGCAGAAAGAAAAAAGAAAAAAAAAAGUGGGAACGUUGUCCCACCUGCUGUUUUACUGUCUCUUUAGCCCUUGGCCUCUGUGAUGGCAGCGUCUGGAACGUGACGGUGAACACAAUAAGCCGUUUAAAGAUGAAACGAGGCAGGACGUCAGUGGGAAUCCCUCGGAGAGCACAAAGUGUAAAAAAGACGUCUGCGAUUCUAAAAACAAGCGUCCAGCCCUCAUUGUUUUGCCAAGGAAAUGUCCUUUUACUGUAGCUGAAAAGUGUUUAAGGAUGUCCUCUUUCCCCCCUGGUUGUGUCUGUUCGACACAUCCUGUCCCCUGUACCCACUUGUGUGUCACUGUAUGAAGGCAUGUGUGUGUGUGUGUGUGUGUGUAUUUACGUGGCAUCCUCUCCAGCCUCUCCAUCCUGUUCCUUGAUCCGAAGAUACUGGGAUCAGCUUGCAGUCUGGCUUUGUUCUGCUAAUUUUGGAUCCAUUAACGACGAUGCAUCAGGGACUGGGCCAAUCCGUUCAGAAAGUGUCUGUGUGUUGUUUUCUUCUGUUUUGUUUUUUACACUGAUCUCACAUGUCAGAGCCAUUAACAAAGUGCCUGAACACAUCCACCUUAUCUUGUGUAUUUAAAUCGAAAACGACAAAAAGAAUUGGUAAAAAAAAAAAAAAAAAAAAAAAAAAAAAAAAA